AGUUUCACCCAGAGGACACAUUCACCUUAGAAACAGACAUCAUAAGGCCACAGAACAACAGGGCUGACCACAGAGGAUGGCUGCGCCGCAGAAAGGAGACUUAUCUGCAUCUGAGAGGAAGAUUCUUCAAGUUAUCGCUGCCGUACCAGUCUCUGCAAUGGAGUCCAUGGCAUACUUGACCACACUGUGAGAACACUCUAUGUCUUGCCCUGUUUGUCUCAAAGACCAUCCAGCAUCAAGAAGUGCUUUAAUUCAGACUCUUACUUCAUCAGUGAUGUACAGGAGGCUGCCCAGCUGCUUGCUAGCAAAGAAGUGCGAGUCAACUGUUUGGAUGAGUAUGGCAUGACUCCACUGAUGCAUGCUGCCUAUAAUGGUAAGGCAGAUAUGUGUCGUUUGCUGCUGCAGCAUGGGGCUGAUGUCAACUGCAACCAGCAUGAAUACGGUUACACUGCUCUAAUGUUUGCUGGCCUCUCAGGGAAGACAGACAUCACCUCCAUGAUGCUGGAUGCAGGAGCAGAGACAGACCUGGUGAAUUCUGUUGGUCGAACUGCUGCUCAGAUGGCAGCAUUUGUAGGCCAGCACGAUUGUGUAACAGUGAUCAACAAUUUCUUUUCACGUGCGAGGCUGGAGUAUUACACCAGACCACAGGGGCAGGAGAAGGAGCCCAAGCUGCCUCCCUGGCUGGCAGGUCCAUUGCACAAGAUUAUUAUGACCACCAACCUCAACCCAGUCAAGAUAGUCAUGAUGGUGAAGGAAAACCCCAUUUUGGUGGAUGUGGCAGCUCUGGAAAAGUGUUACCAGGUGAUGGAUCUGUUAUGUGAGCAAUGCGUGAAGCAGCAAGACAUGAACGAGGUCCUGGCUAUGAAGAUGCACUACAUCAGCUGUGUGCUGCAGAAGUGUGUGGCCUUCUUAGAGAAGCAAGAUGAAAAACUGGACACACUUGUCAAGUGCCUGUUGAGGGGUAGAGACAGUGAUGGUUUUCCUCAGUACCAGGAGAAGUUUAUUCGGGACUGCAUCAAGAAAUUUCCUUACUGUGAGGUCACACUCCUUCAGCAGCUGGUGAAGAGCAUUGCACCAGUUGAUAUCGGCAAGGACCCAACAGCAUACUCAGUGCUGACCCAGGCUCUGACAGGUCAGGUGGUGUUUGUAGAUGCUGACUACUGUGCUACAUGUGGAGACAGAGGAGCAGACAAACGGUGCUCCCUUUGUAAAGCAGUGACAUACUGCAGCUUGACAUGCCAAAAGCUCCACUGGUUCACCCACAACAAGAUGUGUAGGUCUCUGCAAGAUCCAGAUGCUGACCUGGAGAAGAACACUCCUAGGCUGAAAGAAAUAAAAGAGGAUGAAAGUAACCUGGUAACGGAGACCGCCAACUUCCUGCAGGAGCUGUGCCUGCGAGCAGAGGAGAAGGUUGCUGCUGCAGGAGGCUGUCCUGCAGAUCUGCUAGCCUCUUCCUCCACCUCUGUGGAGGGACCACAUCUUGCAAAAAAGACGGAGGCAGAACAAUGAACGAUGCUUAGUCACUUGUUUUUGGGAAUCUUCAAAAAAGACCAAACAUAGAAAGGCAUGGCUAAACAGAAACCAUGCCACCAGGACACGUCCUGUAUAGAUUUAUAUGUGCCACACAGAUAGAUUUGGAUUACAAACAGAAGCAGAGGAGAGAUUCUAGAGAGAAACCUGGACCUGUGAGAUUAUGUGUGGGGCUUGUGUGUGUUGGUGGGCUAUGGUGGUCUGACAAGCUAAAACACAAGCCUCUGUAAAUGUCUUGUUGCCAGUGGUACAUAGCAACAAACUGGCAGUCCUCCCUUGGUGUCUGAUGGACAUCCAUUGGGCAUCUAAUAGACAUCUACUAGGCACAGGUGCAGCACACCAGCAGUCUCCUCUUGACAGCGAAUAGAGGGUGAGUGAUCCUCCCUUGAGGUCCCGUAGACCACAGAUGGAAGAAUGUUGUUUGUUUGAUUUGAUUUUUUUUUAAAGGAGGCAAUUGAAUGUUUGCCAUGAUUAGGUCACACCUGCAGAUAUGAAUAAAUUCAAACAUAAUGGUGGCAGAAAUGUCAGGAUUGCUCUUUGUAAAAAGUGUGGGUUGUGGUUUUCCAGGAGAGAGAGGAGUUGCAACGCAUUUUUUAAACAGUUGAAAUCCUGAGGUUUUGCUUAUGUUUGGUGUUACGAAUAUGUAUAUAUGAAUUUGCUGCAUUGAAAAAACAUUUCGCAUCAGACUCUGAUGACUGAAGGCUUUUGUGUGAAGACCUUUAAAGAUACUAAUAAUUGAUCCUGAAGCGAUUUUUUUUUUUUUUUUGAACAAGUUUGUGAAUGAAGCUGCAAAAUCAUCACUGGCCCCCAUCUGGCAGAUAAAGACCCAAGAUAAUGUUAUAAGAUCAGAACCUGAAGACUAUAAAAGUGUUACUGUCUGGACUGUACAUAACAGCCUGUGAGUGGCAGGUGUUUUUAUACACAUUUAUUAUCCCUAAGAGUCAUUCAUGUAUAUAUCUUGAAGGAGACUUUGCUUUAGCCUGAUGAGAAUAUCAAGCUGUGCAUUGUUUAGAGGAUGUUUUUGCCACCCACAGCAAAGAAAGCACAAAUUUCAGCCCUAUGUGUAGGACCAUACAAAGUUUUGAAAUAAUUGAAUUACAAACUGAAUGAUUCUAUCUAUCUAUUAUCUAUGUGUAAAAAUACAGUUGUAAAAUGGCAGCAGUAUUUUAUCAUGUAACCUUAACAGUGUUAUUUGUGUGGUCUUGGAAAGGCUGUAUUUUAUGUAGUGACGUUCAUUUUUUAACUUUUUUGACAUGUUUUUCGAGUAUCCAUGUCCAUCUGCCUAAAAAGAUCAUGGCAUUAAAGAAUGUAAGAUUGCUCCCAUAGUUGUUUUACCUGAUAAAACAUUGGUGUCUACUUACCUAGGCCAUCUGCCUUACUAUUUCAAAUGAAUAAAGAUUGUCUACAUCAGAA